UUUGAAAUUUUCCGUCAAUAAAUUCUAUUAUACAGUUUGAAAAUAGUUUUCAAUAGCCGAAGUAAUUAAAAUAGUUGAGAUAUUUACAACCAAUCUCCAAUUUCUCUUUAAAACCCAUAAAUAAAUAAAAAGCCAAAUAAUUUAUUUUAUAUUUAGGAAUAGAAAAAUAUUUACACAAUAUUCGUAAAUAAUGAAAGUCAGUAAUUCAGGAAGAAAAUUAUUUCAUUAUCGAUUAGUAAUAAUAAUCUAAAAAAAAAUACUAACGAAAGUGAACGAAAUUAAAUUAAGUUUAACGACAGUUAUAUAUGCGAAAAGAAAAAUUUGCUGCUGUGAAAAUAGCAACAAAGUGAACAAAAUCAAUUGGAAACAAAAUGACUGUCGUAUAACAAACUUUUCAAAUUUUUCUAACAACUCAUUUAUCUUUCCUUGCAGUAACAAUUUUUUUUAAAACCAUUUUAAUUUGCCAUAGAAAAAUCCUUCACUUUUCAAGCAGAAACACAGAUUUUACACUCGUUGCAUUUUUUCCGAAAAUUGAACCCGAUACUGUUAUGGAUAAAUUUUAAUAAAUUUUGUUUUUUUUUCAUCUGUCAAAAUGGCGCAAACUGACUUGAGUCCUACGACUUCAGCUAAAAUUACAAUAAUGAACAAGAAACGAGAUCAAACUCCUGGACCAAUUAAAACAGAGAAAAUAAAAAACAUUGAUGGUGAUGCGAAAAAUAAAUUGCAACGCACGUUCUUCAAUCAGCGAGCGAUGAGAAAUUCAGAAAGAAAAUAUUCGAGUUCAAAGGUUAACAACGUUCCAUCAUCGAGUACAACGGAUUCUUUCAGCGACGAGGAAAACAUUAAAAAUGUCGUCCGUUGGCUAGAAACACUGCCAAGCAAUCAAGAAUGGUGCAAAUUGGAAGAAGAUCCACUCGAUCGUCAGGGAGAUUUUGGAAAGAGAAAAGAAUCACAAACCAAAAAUGAAACAUAUGAUUCAGCGCAACCAUCAACUAGUUAUCAGAAAAAUCCUUCCGAAUCGAGUAGUUCGGAGAAACCAGUUUCAAUAAUUAAGGAAACUACAUUUAAAAAAACUCCGAGAAAAGUGACUUUCGAAAAUCAACGAAGAGAGAGUUCCAAAUUAACGACAGAUAAUCGUUUGAAAAAGAAUUCGGACAAUAUUGGAAAGAUGAAAACUUCUUUGGCAGCAUCUUUGAGAAACGAUCACAGGAGAUCGGUGCCAGGUUAUAAAAAUAAGGAAGAGAUGGUUCAAGUCAGAAGACAUUCGUAUAAUUUGAGAAAUUUGGAAUCGAGAAAAAUUAGUGUUAUUGAUAAUCAGGAGAAGAUUUCUCGGAGUCGACGAAGUUCUAUUAGAUGUCAGGAGAAUAGAAGACGAUCGAGAGAUAUAUCUACAACACGUGGUCUAGAGCAGAAUGAACAAAAGGAGGAGAGUUCAAAUCCUCGGAAAAUGAAAUCUCCUUUUACAAAACAGGCCCGAAGUAGCACACCUAGUUUAUUAUCUGAUUUACCACAUUUGUCAUCAUUCAACUUAAACGAACUCAAAGAUCUGGAGGAAAAUGACAAAGCAUCCGAGAAGGAAGUCCAAUAUGAUAGACGAACAAUAAUUACACGAUCAAAAUUACAGAAAAAUAGUGAAAAUUUCCUCAAUUCAGUUAAAGAAAUCAUAAAUAAUACUGAUACCACUCAAGACUUUAUAACUUCACUCAAAAAAUGUCCCAAAACUCCAAAUGAAAAAAUGGACAAAUUCAUUUCUCGAAAAAAUAGCGAAGAAUUAAGAAGAACACUGAUAAAAUUAAAUAAUCCACUUAAAAGCAAACCUGCCUUUAUAAAUGCAAAAUUAGAAGAAAAAUUAAAUUCUGAAAUGGAAAUAACUGUGAAUCGAUACAAACGAUCUUAUGCAAACAGAAAAAAUUUCUGGUUAAAUAAAGAAAACAGUUUCGAUCAAUUUGAAGAGCCUCCAGAAAAGAAGAAAAAAUUAUUAUGCAAACUUUAAUUUUGUUUAAAUCCUUCUCAGUAUUAAGUUUUAUUUUUUUACAAUUUUUCCAAAAUUUGCAACAGUGUUUCAAACAACCGAGUUAAUAAUAAAAAUGUUUACGCAGUUAA